AUGAACCUGCAUGGUCUCAGACUCAUCGUGUUACCAGUUGAGCUACUUCUUUGCUGCUUCCUGCUGCACACUGCAGACGCCAUUUCAUCUGGAAACCACACGGAUGUCUUACUACAUCUUCCUUCACCCUUGGAAUCCUCGCUAACUUCCUCAUACCCCUUGUCUUGCCAGACCCUUCUUCCCAAAUCCCUCCCUGGCUUCACUCAAAUGGCCCCUCUCACCAGGUUCCUGGUGAGCCUGCCACUGAUGAUCGCCCUGGAGAAAGCUGGUUGUCAAGCUGAUGUACAGGUCCUGCAGCUUCAGCUGUACCGCCAAGGGGGUGUAAACGCUACACAGACCCUCAUCAGACAUCUGCAAGAGCUGGAGAGAAACAGAAGCAGAGGGAGGGGAGUGUCAGUAGAUGCUCUGACCUCUGCUCUGCAGCUGUGGGCUGGAGUGAACCCAGGCCCACGGAGAGCCCGACGGUCGCCCUCCGCCAAAGACUGUGAGCAGGAGCAGGAGCAGAGUGUGCACAACAUAGCCCAGAUGUUGCCGGGAGUGGGAACCUUCUACAACCUGGGCACAGCAGUGUAUUAUGCCGUUCAGAACUGCCCGGACGUGGCCAAGGAACGAGGCCGAGACGGGGUCAUAGAUCUGGGAUAUGACCUUCUGAUGGCCAUGGCUGGAGCGUCACAGGGACCCACAGGGCUAGCGAUCGGCAUUGCACUUAAACCUGCACUGAAGGCUGGGGUUCAGCGGUUGAUCCAGUAUUACUAUGAGAGAGAGGCAAACACCCCUCCACCAGAGACCAGCGAGGAGGUCUUGGGGAGCACCUCAGAUAUGAGUGAAGUGGAAGAAACAACUGUCAUGGCCCCUUUCGUGUCAGAAGUAGUAAGUUCAAAUCCAUGCUGGGGGUGGACCUUAUUCAACAACUGUGGCUUAGAUCCUAGGUAUUGGAAUAUUAGGAUAUAA